AUGAUGUUAAUGAUAUCUCCCAACAAGUAUGUGUCACCAUUUGAGAAUUUACAAAAGCUACUCCUCAAUUUGAAUUUGAAGGAUAUAAGACAAGCUCCUAUGCUUGGCUUCAUUUUGAGAAUGAAUCGCUAUCUACAAGAACUAAUAAUUGAGAUUGAUGAUGAAUGGUUUAAUACCUCAACACAUGACUGUCUUCCUUAUGACAAAUCUUUGUACUGGAGUAAAUGUGAGAUUUUUGACUGUGUUCUGCAUCACUUGACGAGAGUGAAGUUGAAGGGUUUCAGAGGUGAUGUGCUUGAAAUGGAGUUUGCAAGUUUUCUAAUAACCAAGGCUACAAAGCUUAAGAGCAUUACAUUUCAAUGCCAUGAUUAUCAAUUUUCAAGACAAGAGGCAGCCAUUACAAUGGCUCUAUUAUCUUUGCCAAGGGCAUCUCUUGAUGUCUCUAUAAUCAUAGAUAAAUUGGUGAAAAGGGCAUAGGCAUGAUGUUAAUGGUAGUAUAUAUUAUACAUGGAUCACUUAAUUAUUGUUUAAAGGGCCAUUUAGAUUAUCACUGGCUCUCAAAUAAGAUUGAUCUCAAUGAUAGUGAAUAGUGUGAACCAGUGAGGACA